AUGGCGACAGACAAGGACAUAAAGUCGUCUGUUCUUGCUAGUUCAGAGGAGAUUUUUGAUACAUAUUGCUCACCGUGUUCGGAAUCUGGGAAACUUAUAGAAGCAGUUAAGUUUUGUGUGGAUUGUGGGUCGUAUUUCUGUUCUAAAUGUCUCAAGUAUCAUAAUAAAUUUCCAGCACUAAGAUCACACCAGAUAUUAGACAAAUCUGAUAAAAUCAGAUCAGAUGGAAAUAUUGAAACAGAACCCGGACUACCAACAGAAAGGUGCGCAGUUCAUCAUGGCAAGUUAGUGGACAUGUUUUGUAAAGACCAUGACGAAGUUUGUUGUGCAGCAUGUAUAGCUAUAAAACACAGGUCAUGUAUAAAUGUUGAUUAUCUACCCGACGUUGCCCAGGGAAUAAACAACAGUGAUGAGUAUGAAAAAACUAAAUCAUCACUCGAGAAUGUUCUCAUCGAAUUAAGAGGUGUGAUAGAAGCUAAAACAGAUAAUCUCAAAAUACUUCAGAGGAUAAGGAGCAGUUAUUUGAAGAUAUAG